AUGGCGGCGGUUAUGGCCUUGCGUGCAGCAGUGCACAAUCUAUGCUCGACUCCGGCAAAGGAACUGCCCUUGACGACGGAAUAUAUUGCUACUAUCAUUAGUGACUGUAGCGCGAUCCUAUCUGCGCCGGCAAACCAGAACCAGCACGCCGGAGCGCCAGAUAGAGCGCUGCUCGUCCAGAAAUUGAAGGCCCGCAUCACAAGCUUGCUACAGGAUAAAACGGUCGAAGGACGCUGGUCUGGCGUGGUUCUUGUGAAAUCGACAGUGGAAGCUGGUCAAUGGGAAAUCCUGCGUGGAUGCGAGACCUGGGUUCGCUCGAUUCUGGCUAUAUUAGGAAAACCAGAUCCUCUAUCGUUGAAGAAGCUCAACGUUGACUCGGGAAAUAACGACGCCUACUCUACCGCAAUUCAUAACCGCCUGUUUAAACAUCAUAUCCACCAAGCCACCGAUGGACACACGACGGAGCUUGAAAUAUGGCAAUUCCUUGGUUGA